AAUGUUCUGCGACGAUUUAUUCGCUCCAACAGGCCAUGAACCAACCAUCCACCACACAGAAAACACACAUCAUCGCAUCACCUGGUAUCAUCUUCCGCCUCCCGCCCCUCCUCUCACCUUCCCCUUUUCUUUAUUACAUACAUAGUUACGCCCGCUCAAACAAUCUACGAAUUGCUCAUGAGUGUUUAAAUAUUAAUUUGACUUGCCUCUAUUGAAGGCCAAUACCCAUUUCAAUCCAAUUCAAAAAGAGGCACGAAGAGAAAGGAAGAAAAUAGUGAAAUUUUGUGUAAACGGUUUCGAGGCAAGAGCAUCGAAGCCUCCACGAACCAGCCUCAUGUCGAUUUAAAUACUCUGGAUUCAGGGACGUCUACAAUCGAAAUCCGACGAAACCCUUCUGAGAGACUCGACUACGUACCGCUGCUACCGUACUUUUCUGGACCCCGCUUUCAAGUUGUCGAUAUUUAAAUCUUGUACUUGAGGAAAGGCAAGAAUUCGCCACUAUCAAGAUGGUCCUCACCCACACCACCAACCACACCUACUCCCACCCAUUCCCGACCGUGACCCUCGCCUUCUUCCUAAGGUACUACUCGCCUCAGCUUAAUCCUUUCUCGAGCCAUGUGCUCUCCACCGACACUAUCUCGUCGCACGUCGACCCCAAGACCGGUCGACUGCACACGACCCGUAUUCAUAUGAAGAAGACUCGUCUGCCGUCGGCCGUGGUAAAGUUGUUGCCGAGCAGUGUCACCGGUGGAGGCGGUGAUAAGUCAAGCUACGUCCUCGAGACUAGCGUCGUAGACAUCAAGGAAGGCUGGAUGAAGACCGAGAGCAAGAACCUAAACUACACGGGAGUGCUGAGUGUAGUCGAGCAGCAACAUUACUCCACCACUCCCCCUGAUCAGGCUAUGUCGGCAGUAUCUCACUCGGCUCCCCGACCGUUGACCCCCAACACCUUCGUUACGACGACCUUUUCCUACCGAUCUACUCUAGGUGGCGGUAAGAGACACGAGAGGACGGCGGACGAAUCUGUCGAUGAUGGCGAGGAACAUGGUCCGCGGCGAUUCGGCGAGUGGAUCUCUGGCUGGGGUGCCGAGCGGAUCCGGCGCAGUAUUGAGUCCAUCGCAUCUAACAAGACUGACGACCAAAUGAUCAAGUCUCGCGACGGCAUGAAAAUUGUCCUCGAACGACUGCGAAACAACGGCGUCCUCUCCGUGUUGCGAGAGCUUAGGGAACUCAAGCGAAGGGAAGGAAAGGGCCUCCUGGAGCCAUGAUCGUCCGGCCUCGAGCAACACUAUCACUGUCACGAAAAAACCUGUAUAUCCAUAUCCGGUAUUUGAAAAUUAGCAAGGCGUUGGGGAUUAAGUUAGGAGGAAGCAAAAACGGGAGGGGAGGACUCUCGAAUUUAUCAUGACGAAUGUAACUUGGGUUGAUACCAUAGCGAAGGGAGAAAAGGGGGGAUGAGAAUGAGCGGUAGGCUGGAUUGACGAGUCGGGCGAUGCCCUAUGACAACCCUCUGAUACGACUUAGUUGGGUAGGACAUGGUGUAGUUCGCUUUUCUACUCCCCUCAUGUAUCAAUUCAGUAUGAUUAUUCAAACAAUUCAUGAUUUCCGAAGGUGGCUCGUGUGUUUUGACAAGUUGUAAAUUUACCAGCGUACCAGGCACCUACGUAGUCACCGGUGCAUUGGCCAACCUGACAAAGCUGCAAAGGCC